UAUCAUCCCACUCAAAGUGAAAAAUUCAAUCCGCCUAUCGAUUUUCAUCUAUGGGUGAACUCUCUUCAAUGAUGCAUCUAAGUCUGAAAUCGUUGAUAUGGUUACGGUCAUUGAGGCGUUAUAACUCUUCGUUCGACAAAUUCACAAGCCUCCAUCAGUAAACCGUCAAUUAGACUUAGCACAUCGUCAUGUCUUUGAGCAGCAGUAGAAAAGGUUCGUCCCAAUCCGAAUCCUCGACAAGUUCCUCAAACCAAUGUCUCGUUAUAUUUCAAGACGACAAAAAACCCAAAAACAGAAAUGAGUUGCUUUUCUACGACUCGACUACUUCAGCUUUACUCAGCAGGACUGGCACGGUAAGAAGAGCAAACAGCUUCCGAAGGGAUUCCACGAAGAGCAUCAGCAACGAGGAUAUCGUGAUAAAGAGGGGUGAGCAGUUUCCAACUCCUGAGAAACUGAGGCGGUCCUUGGAAAUCGGUCAUAGACACAGCCUUGAGUCUAUUUCUGAGUACAAGGCGAAGCACUCAUUCUCCAACGCCUCUUUCUUCCAAACACGAACCUACAGCUCUAUAGACUCGCCCUACUCCGACUGUACCGAUUAUGCCACAAAGAGCAGCGUGGAGACCAAGAAGCCAGAAGUUAAGACCCUCAUUACACCCGGAUCUAGUUACCUCAGUUGGAUCGAGAGCGUGCAAAACGAAUACUUCGGUAGGACCGACAAGAAUGCGGAUGCUUCGGAUGCGGAAAACAAAGUUGGCGAAUGGAACAAUUUCUGGCUGAACUAUCAGAACUCUAGGAGUGCUUAUGUUUCUAGUAUCCACUAUAAGAGUGUUUCUCAGUGUUCCGCCCGGGACGACAAAGUAGGCGAUGAGUUUUCGGACGCGAGGAGUUCAUGUAGUACGCAGAAAGAUUUCACGGAUAAGAAUUUCAAUGAUACUGUCACGUUGACGGUUGAAGACGCGGCUGAAAUUUUGAAAUACUCGCAGAGGAUAACGGAGAUAAUGCUGGGAGCUAUCAGGAAGACCGAAGGAAGUAGGGAGUUUUCUAGGAAUGGAUCGCAGCAUUCUUCGGUUUCAUAUCAGACUUCAAUAAAGGACGAGGUUUUGAGAGAAAGAUCCUUCUCUUACACUCCAAACACUGACCUUCAACGGCAGAAGAUCCUUCAAAAGACCACCAAUCCUCCACAACAGUCAACAAGUUCCAGCUGUAUCAAUGCUAUUCUGAACACAGGAGUAGCAGAUUAUUUGAAAAGAGUAAUAAACAAACGAAGAGAAGUGAACGAUUUCUCCGGUGAAGUUCCAAAGUCACGUCAUAGUUUUUCAGAGUGGUCGAUCAAGUGAUCAUCAUUUUUUUAUGUAAUGCUUGCCUGUUCCUAUAAAUGUUUGAGUUGAAAGAGAUGUAUUCCAUUAAUUUCAAAAUAUUUACGACCGUUCUUGUUAAAAAUAUUGUUGUUAGCCUAAUCCAAUCAAU